AUGUGGAGGCCUGUUUAUGUUGAAGGCGAAGGUCUGUUCUGCUUGUUGUGCAAAAAACAUGACACGUCUAAUCCUCAAAACAAGUUGAAAGUUUUUAACAAGGAGCCCUGUAAAAGAUUUCGCCUAGGAGAAUUUGAAGAUCAAUGCCGUACGUCACAACAUAUGAACGCAGUUUCAGCGGAGAUGCUACAGAGGAAUUCCUUGUUUCAGAGAACGGGAAAUAGUCGCAGAAGAUGUGCUGUUGAAGGUGUUCACAGCUGCGUAUUGCAUGGAUCAUGAAAAUGAGCUACAGCUGGAGCUACCUAACCACAAGAUCAAGUCACACAGUGUAAGCCCCCGAGCGUACAUGUAUUCCCGGUUUGGCGGGCUUUGACUUUUGUUUACUUCCUCAUCGCCUUGCCGUAAGGAUCAGUUUGCCAUUUCAUAUUUUUCUACAAGUUUAAUUGUACUGAUCCAGGUCUACAACUGAGAGAUCCGACAACACUCAUUCGGGUUUGCUGCUGUGGACUUCAGAUAUUUAUAUAUUUAACAACAAUAACCAGGCAACUUGAAAUCUUAGAAAAAAUCUCUUUUUUGUUUCUUUUUUUUUCUAUUUUAGUUAAAACAAGACCAGAAAAAAUGUUUAAUGAUGUGUUGAGUAUAAAAGAAGCCUUUCUAGAGUACAAAGAUGUCAGUUUCUCAAAGUCCAGAAAGUCGGAUUUUAUUAAAGGGGUAAACCGAUGCUUUUGGUAAAAAAAUUCAGAUUUCUUCUUUAUUUGUUUUUGGUGAAAAUAAGACUAAAAACGGAAUCAUCGGCUUUUCAUACUUAUUCAAAACCCCUGAACAAACAUCACCGGUCGGAAGGUCUCUUGCGGUUCAAGAAGCCGAUUAUAAGUCGAAAGUUGUAUAUCGUCUUUCAGAGUCGGUUUCUAUGAAGAUCUUUGAAGGUAUGCGAGCGGGAGUAGAUAUAAAUACAAAUUUUGCAUUUAAGUUUGUCUACAGAUAGACGACAAACUUUGGCAAUUAAUUAUCUCAGUGAAAAGUAAAAUAAGUAAAAAGAUACUGUGCAUGCAUAUACAUAUACUGAUACAAAUCUCGCAGUUAAUCAUUUGUCAUUAACUGCGAAAUUUCUCUGUUUAUAGUAAGAAACACAAAAAUAGUUAAGUGCGAGAUUUGAGUCUUUAACUAUAAACAGACAGAAAUUUCGUCGUUAAGGAAAAUAGUUAAGUGCGAGAUUUGUAUCAGUGUAAUAAAUAUGUAUUUAGAGGAAAACUUCGCGAUUAACUAAUUGCAAAAUUUUGCUUCGUAUAUGUGAGUGAGUAAAAAACUCGCAAUUAAUUAAUUGCGAAGUAGUUUUACUCUGCAUAUAUACAGAGUCGUUUAUUUGCGAAUUUUUGUGUCUGUAGAGAUUCUUAAAUGCAAAAUUUGCAUUUAUCAAAUCACCGCUCUAAAUAAUGUGUAACUAAACGUUUGUGGUACAUUUUACCGGUAUUCUUUUGCGCAUAAUUAAACAACAUCCACUAUUUUCUGACUUAGGGAAAAGGAACGAAAAAUACGUCUAAACUUGAUGCAACUGUGAAAUUCUUUUCAGCAGUUGGAGGCAAUAUUACUGUAAAAAAAACGUAAGUUAAAUUUGGAGCAUUAAAACCUAAUCUUGUGUUUUGCAACCAGCGUGUUCUAUUGACUUUAAGAUUCAAUGACGCGACGGCAAACAAUAGGUUUUAUUACACAAAACAACAAAUUUGCACGUGCCUCGCACUUUUUUGUACAUUUUUUUUCCGUUUUUGCACGACUACGCGGUGAAAAUUCCAAAUUUCGCGUUUUGUGGAGGACGUAAACAAGCAACGACGAAAUUUUAUUUCUCUUUCUAAGCCUGGAUAUGGUCCCUUGAAAUUCAGCUUCGGGAGGAUUCGCCUACAUUUGACAAAGUAAGUGGAUAGGAAUAAUCGCUAUAAAGACUGAAAGAACGAAAAUUCACUUUUUGAGCGAUGUUUUCCUUGCUGUUCGGUCGUUGGAUCUUAAACUCCUUUAUCGUGUCCUCUUCAUCAAAAAUAAUUAAAACUGAAAUAGAAUGGCUUUCCUUUCCAUCUUUACUGAAUAUAUACUGGAAAUAAUUCACUAAUAAUUGUUUUCCGCCUUUCUGUUGUGCUAUUGAACAAUACCUAGUAAAGAAACAAGCUUCUUAUUAAUGUCGAGGAAACAGGGAAUCUAACUGCGAAAAAAUAAUUAUUAAACUCUAAUUAAUUAAACUUCACAACAAAAUGGUCUGACUAGACGGGUUUACACAGCUCCAUUUAUUUCACAGUCUUGUCGAUAACGAGGUAUACUUUUACAACGAGAAAUCAUUGGCUAUUAAAUUGCAUUGCCAAAAAGCAUUCACUGAGUGCGCCUGAGAAGAGGACACCAGGGGCCUGCCGAACAGAAUCGGUAGUCCUCGACUGAAUCACCAAACCUUUUUACGUUUUUCCUUUACGAAUACAACUGAUUUUAGGACCCAAUUCAGAGGCAUCAGAGCCUUUUACAAACGUAAGGGGCCGGCGGGGGAGGUGGGGAGCUCAUCGUACACCAAGCCAAGCGUAUUCCACUCAAAUUUCCCAGAAUGUCGUUUGCAUAGUGUGUGAAACAAAAAGCUGUUUGCUUGCUUGUAACCUUAACAGUGUCCGGGUCGUUCAUUAUCAAAUUUUUGAUGUGCAUAAGUAGGCCGUUGUUCAGAUGUCGAUCUUGCCUCAUGUUCAUGGUUCCUUCAAGGUGUUGCUUGAGUCGUUGAAGGGCGGAAAUUGUAUCCUACGAAGUCUCCAAUGGCAUGUACAGUUCAUAGCAAAUUUAAUCUUAUAAAAUGCUGAGCACCUCUCUAAGGCGCGUUUUUGUAACAAGAGUUUGUGGAAAGCUGGGCUACGCGAGAUUUUGAGGAAUAACAACUUUUACAAAAUGAUAGCCAUAUUUUUCAUAGCUGAACUGAACGGGCCUGAGUGAAUGAGGAUGUUGUGUAUGAAUCAACGAAAAUUCCAAACCAUUUUUUGGCCCAACACGCAUGCGUCUGUGAAGAACCGUACCAUGAGUGUUUUAAACCAUAAGUGAGCGAAAUGAGUUUUCGAUCCAAAUAUAUAGGUCAAUUUUCUAAGGCGAAAGGUAGGUUGAUUUUGCUGGUGGGGUUAUAGGGCGGUGAGAGAUGGCCAACUCUCUGAAGCCUGCUUGACUAACCCGUGCGGUAGAUUGACUUACCGGGGGGGGACUGUCUAGCUUGCUGACGGGCCCCGAUCUCCGGCCCAGCAAGUGCAGGGAGGUGCUCGAACUAUUAACUCGGUCCCAGAGGUUAAAUGGGAACCCUCGCGCCGGAGGUUAAACGGCUAACUCUCUCCCAGAGGUUAAAUGGGAAAAAUGGCCGCUAGAACACCUCCCUGACAGGGUUUUUGCUUUUUUUUUUGUGACGUGUCACGCUGUCACGCAAUAUGUAUAUUUUUAACCCGGGGGGGACUGCCACAUGAAAGGGUCGGGGGUGCUCGUCGGAAAUUUUGAAUUAAACCUGUUAGGGAGACCAACCUGGGCGUGGGCCAUCCUUUUAUUGAUCCCUGAAAGAGACAAAGAACCCUUGACGAACCGCGAAAUAGUCACAGAAGAUGUGCUGUUGAAGGUGUUCACAGCUGCGUAUUGGAUCGUGAAAAAGAGCUACCUAACCACAAGAUCAAGUUACAUGUAA